CUUAUUUCUUUUUUCCCUCUAAUUUAUAUAUACAUAUUUUUUACAUUUUAAACCCCUCUCCCCCCUCCCCUACAAACUUUUACGUAAUUCAGUGAAUGGAGCUGCGUAACCGAAGACUUUCUCUUGAAGAACUCGACGAGCAAACCAACGGCGAUAAGCAACCAACAAGCAUGAACAGCAACGCUGGCAACAGAAGCAACGAUGGCAGCAGCAAUAAUGGCGACCGAGAUGGCGAUGGCGACGAAGACGAGGAGAUGGAAGAUAUGGGGGGAUUCCUUGGCGAUUUUGAAGAGAUCUGCGAGGAUGAAGAUGUCGAGCGGUUUAUUUCGCAAAACCACACGCCGGCGGUAUCCACCAGACACUCGCCGGAGAUCUGCGAUAAGGCAGAGAGCAGUGAUGAGGAGGAUAUUUUCGAGUCAAUUCCAGACCAAGAAGACGUGGUUAUGGAAUCAGCGACUGUAGAGCCGGUCGCUCCGGAGCCUAUUUCUGUCGAAAAGCUGAGUGAAGAGCAGGUUAUGGUGGCGGCAGCGGUGGAGACUGUGGCGGCUGUUCAAAUGACUGAGCCGGCAGCAGAACCCCAAGAAAUAGAAGAGGUGGUGCAGGAGAUUGCUGAGGUGGUGCCGGAGAUCGCUGAGGUGACGGAUGUGGCUGAAAGCGCAAAGCCGGCGAAGACGGCCUGGCUGGUGUCCGAAUCAAUCAAGCAAAAGUACCGCGAGCUCGAGGAUCGGUUUCGCGACCAGUUUGUUCCCAAGCUGGGGAAGGGCCAGUUUUUCGACCCGGAGACGUACAGGAAAUACACAGUUAUCGGGAAUGUCGCCGAGGCAUCUGUGGCGGCACCGGCUGUUCUCCAGCCGCAGCAACAACAAGCACAGCAGCAGCCGCAGCAGCAGCCGCGGCGGCAAGCCCAGCAGCAGCAGCCGCAACAACAACACAUCCAGCAGCCGCAGCACCAGCCGCAACAACAACACAUCCAGCAGCCGCAGCACCAGCCGCAACAACAACACAUCCAGCAGCCGCAGCACCAGCCGCAACAACAACACAUCCAGCAGCCGCAGCACCAGCCGCAACAACAACACAUCCAGCAGCCGCAGCACCAGCAGCAGAAGCCGUCGUCGUUGCGUUCAGGGGCAUUGGUGCAGACCGACCCUCCGGUGAGCACACGCACGCGGUCGACCAAGGCCAGCGACCAAGACGACGUCGUCGGGGCGCUGCUCGGGGCAAUGCAGCCGGCAAACAAGAAGCCCAGCCCGCACGCGGACGCGGCCCAAGCCACCCAAGCCGCGAUCCCCACCGACAUGCUCGCAGCCAUGGCCGCGCUAGACGGGCCCACGCCCGCCGACGCACCAACCCAGCCUGCGCAGCCAAAACCAGACCCAACCCCACACGUAACAGCGAAAGACCUCGCAGCGCACUUGCCGCGCGGGUACGCCGGGCCAUUCUCGCAAUUGACAUUGGCGGAGCACCAGCGGUGCCAGUUUCUGGGCUCCCGUGGAGCGAAAGCGCUGGGAGCAAGGGAGCAGGCGGAGUUUAUGCGGUUGCGCGGGCGCGUGGAGGCGGAGCAGAAGGAGUUCCGCAGGCUGCUGCAGGAGAAGACCACGGAGUCCCUGCGCGACGUUUCGCCGGAGCUUCUGGCGCAGUGCCGCGGGUGGCUGGAGAAGCAAAGGCGCGAGGCGCUGGAGGCGUAUGCGCCGAUGUACAUGCCCACACGGGUGAUGGCUAUUCGGCCGAUUACCUCGGGGCACGUGCCGCUGGAGUACCGCGAUACGCUGCUGCAGUGCGGCGUAUGCCACGGGGUCAGGGAGGUGGCGCAUGGCGGGCGGGUUCAGCAGCAGCAGCAGCAGCAGGCGGGGGAGGUGGCCAUGGGGGGAGGCAGGCCGGUGAUGACCAAGGACCCGCACGUGCGGCGGCUGGCGGAGCAGGCCCGCGCGGACGUGGCGUUGUCGGACAGCGCGCUGCUGGCACUGCUGACUUUGCCGCUGGCCUACCACCGCGAUCUACUGAUACCCCUGGAGGUCGCCAUGGUGGGCGGCCGCCGCUUGGCUGUGGUUGACCGCCCGCUGGUGCCUGGCCGCGCGUGGACGCCCCGGAAGCUGCGCCAGAUGUACUGCGACGCAGCCGUGCGCUCGCAGAUGCUCGAUAGAACGCAGACGCUGGCUCUGGGCCGCGGCUCCGGCGGUGGUACGGAGCCGCGGCCGCGGCCGGGGCCGGGGCCGGGGCCGGGGCCGGAUACUGUGGGCGCUGCGGCCAAUGCCAGCUACACUGUGUGGGCGUUUGGGGCCACCCGGUUGCUCGUGCGCUGCGGGAUUGACGGGUUCAGUCAGGGCGAGGGUGAGGGCGAGGGCGAGGGCGAGGGCGAGGGCGAGGGCGGCAGUGGCGAGGCGCGGGUGACGGUGACAUUGGGAACAAAGCUCGAGCACCACGUUCCGGCGACCAGCCCCGAGGCGAGUCUGGCAGCAGGCGGCAGCGGCAUGGCCCUGGAGGAGAUCACCGAGACCGAGCGGCUGUCCUGGUGGCUGUCCGCGUGGCUGCGCGGCAGUCCGUCGCAGCUAUGGGUCACGCACCUGGACAGAGCAUCCCAGGCCGUGCGCACCUCGAAGGUGACGGCCGCGGAUAUGUUUCCGGCGGACGCGCCGCAGCCGUCAAUGCAUGCUUUGCGCAAUGUGUUGGCGGAGAUACAGAGGCUGCCGGUUGGCCGGUAUGUGCUGGAGCACGUGCGCGGCGCCUGGGAUGCGACCAUUCUGAGAGCUGUGGACCGCGCUGCUUCGGGUGCUACGGCUGCUGCGGCUGCUUCGGGUGCUGCAGCUGCUACAGCUGCUACGGCUGCUACGGCUGCUGCUGUGGGCGCGGGGGUGCUGGGCGUGAGACCGUCGGGUGCUGUGAUGGAUCUGGCCAAGGAGCUGGAGCUGGAGGUGGAGCUGGGUGCUGCUGGGUUUGCGCUGGGCGAGGUCGCCAACGACUAUGUGCCGCCGAUGUGGCUUGGCGCCCCGCCGAUGCCGCCGUGGACGUAUCCGCCGCCGGAGAUGCUGGCCCUGCACAAGCAGAAGCAGAAGCAGAACGGCGCCGGCGCGGGUGCUGGCGCAGGCACGGGCGCAGGCGCGGGCGCGGGCGCAGGCGCUGGGUCCAAAAAGGGAAAGAAGGCGAACAAGAGGAAGAGGGCCAGGCAUAACUGAAUCAGACAAUCAAUCAGACAAUCCUGUGGUUGUAUUUUUUGGCUGGCGGGUGGGGGUUUCUUUCCCCUUCUUUUUCCUCUUUCUUACUGGCCCGCUAUUUCUC